CAGGAAGUAUCUAAGUUGCUCCAUAUGUGAAUGAAGUCUGCUCGUUCCAUAAGUAGUAGAAGAUUGACAAAAUCCAUGAGUUUCUACUCGUUGUCUCCUUUAAAAUUAGGCGCGGAAGUAAGAGGAAUAGAUUUAAACGUUGAUCCACCUGCUGAAGUAAUUAAACAAAUUAAAGAUGAUGUAACAAAGCACCGCAUACUAGUAUUUCGAGAUCAAGGAAUCAUCGAAGGUAGACGACAAGUGGAAAUUAGUAAGUGGUUUGGAGAGUUGGAAUCAACAUUUUAUAAGCAUUUAAAAUCUCCAGAUCCUGAUGUGUUUCGCGUCUCUAAUGUCCCUUCUGAAGGCUGUACUAACGUGGGACGUACUGGUUGGCAUAUUGAUGGAAGUUUCAUGAGAAAUCCAUUUUCAUAUUCUCUUUAUCAUAUAGUUUCAGUUCCGAAGUCAGGAGAUACGGUAUUUCUGCCCCUUACUGAAUUAAUAGAAGGUCUGACCUGUCCGCAGAGGCAGAGAUGGGAAAGAUUAUGGAUGGUUAGUGAUCGUAGAGAAGGAAUAAUUCAUCCAUUAAUUUAUUCUCAUCCUAUUACUAAAAAGAAGGUACUGUGCUUUCAUCUCGGAAUGACAGAAAGUUUUGUUUGGAAUUACAAAACAGAUAAAUGCACAAUGACGAGCGAAGAAGAAACUGUGCAGAUACUGAAAGAAAUAUACAGAGAAUGUGUGAAGAAUGAUGGAGCUCUUCAAUAUUCUCAUAAAUGGACACAGGGAGACUUCAUCAUAUCUGACAAUCUGGCAGUGGGACACGAGGCAAGUCCACAAACUCAGUUUCCCAUAUCCGAAGUUGGACUGAGGGUGAUGCACCGAACAACAGUGAAAGGGAAGUCAACACCCACAAAGGAAUAUUCUAUCCAGAGUGUAGUUUGUACAUGUGGGAAAUGUAGAUAAUGUUCUUAAAGUGUAAAAAAGCUCAGAAUUUGCAAUAUUGAUUUAUGCAUUGUAUAGUAACCAGAUAUUUAAAAAAGUUACAAAUUCCAUAGCAUAUGCUUUUGAUGGAAGAUAUAAAGCAAAAAUAAGCUAAUUAUAGAAAGAAAUUAUGUAAUUCUUAAUAUAUAAAUUAUAGCUAUCGAAAGCUUGUU